UCUUUCCCAUUGAAGAUAAGUAUUCCAUUCUUUUCACCUUUUCUUGUCACUGACUAGUACUCCUCGUACCCUCUUCUCGUUCUCCACUUGUCUUCCAUUCUCUUCCAGACUCAUUCUCUGGCUGCUUUUCUUUUUGUGUAGAAAAUAAUUUCGUUGCUGAGUUAGCGCAUCAAUGGCGUGGAGUAAUAUGUUCUCAUAUUUUUCUUUCCCGAAUUUCUAUCGUAUCUUUCAGGGCAGAGUGAGGUCGGCAGAGAUGGGUACACACACUAUCAAAUCUCAUGGAACCAAAGUUGCGAGGGAUCACAUGCUGGAUUGGCUUAUUCUACUGCUACUUGUGUUGAUUGAGGUCAUUCUCUAUUUAAUCCAUCCAUUUUACCGAUUUGUGGGGAGGGCUAUGAUGACUGACCUGAUAUAUCCCGUGAAAGAAAACACAGUGCCUGCAUGGAGUGUUCCUAUGUACACAGUUUUUUUGCCCAUUGCUGUUUUCCUUUUAUUCUAUACGCGAAGGAAAGAUGUCUAUGAUCUGCAUCACAGCAUCUUAGGCCUCUUAUUUUCUGUGCUGAUUACUGCGGUCAUCACGGAUGCAAUAAAAAAUGCAGUUGGCCGGCCUCGACCAGACUUCUUUUGGCGCUGCUUUCCUGAUGGGAAUGAACUCUAUAAUCGAUGGGGAAAUGCAGUAUGUCAUGGUAGAGAAAGUGACAUUAGGGAAGGACAUAAGAGUUUCCCAAGCGGCCAUACUUCUUGGUCCUUUGCUGGAUUAGGUUUUCUCUCAAUUUACUUAUCUGGGAAAAUCAAAGCAUUUGAUCAGAAAGGGCACGUGGCAAAGCUGUGCAUUGUUUUUUUCCCUCUGCUUAUUGCAUCUCUUGUAGGCAUCUCUCGAGUUGAUGAUUACGGGCAUCAUUGGCAGGAUGUGUUCGCUGGAGGCCUUCUAGGGCUGGUUGUGGCCGCAUUCUGCUAUGCACAGUUAUUCCCACCCCCAUAUAAUGAUGAAGGAUGGGGACCUUAUGAAUAUUUCAGAGCUCUGGAGGAGUCACGUUCCAAUACAAAUUCAAGGGAGUCUGUGAAUGAACUUGACGUGCAGCCCAUGAGUUUAGCCGUUGUGAGUCCGCAAGUCAGGAAACACGGAAACGAGUUUGCUGCUUUGGAGGAUUUGGAAUCCGGUAGGAGGUGACUAAGCAUUUUCUAGCUUGUGAUCUACUUUUGUCCAUAUUUUGUAUGAGUUGGAUUCUUUCUUCUCUACUUUUCUUUUGGUCAAUAGAAUGUAUUAUUAUAGUCAAAUGAAUAAAUGAAUGGUAGAUAUUUAUGA